UUACAUUACCAUGCGUGGUGGGCUGGACGAGCGUUGCAAAAAAAUUGCAACCGCGGAGAGCAAACAGACACAGAGGAAGCCUGUGUCGGGCUGCGCGCACGCCUCCUUUAGCGAGCCUCUCCGUCGCGAUUGUGAUCCGAGCUGCAUGAGGAAGGAAGCGGGGCACAAACGCGAGGCUCCUCGGUCACACUCGGCGGAGGCUCCGCUCUUUUUCAGGGCACAAUCCUCCGAAUCUCCGCAGCGUCUUCGAGGGCUGUCACUUUUGGCUUUCGGACCCACGGUUCGCUGGCGGAGGCGGUGUUUUCUGCCCGACCCUCGUCUGUGCGGUUAAACCCGGCGCGGGACUGUUUCGUGUUGUGGUUAAGCGGAGAGAGACGUCUAUAAAUAGCCAAACUAUCAGAAGUGGUGCAUCAGACUCGCAAGUUUUUUUUUUUUUUUUUUUUCAUCUCACAAAAGGAGGAGGGUUCGUUCCUCGUCGUUUCGCUUUCCUCUAACCUCAUGGAUUAUUCCGAUCAAAGUGCAGCGCUAUGGAGGCGCGUUCGGAUGGGAUCUGUCUCGCAGCCCGUGACAGCGAUCAGAUUGGGAAUCGUCUGACCUGGAUUGGACUCAUGUUUUGAUCCCGCUCGGAUUUACGAGACUGUUUCGCGGCGCUUGUUGUUGUUCGUCCUCACCCGCCCAUUCCUGCGAGCCGACCUCUAUUAUCUGGACCAUCUCUCCUCGAUUGAAUUGGACCGAUCUGUCUCCAUGUAGGAUUCCGACAUGCCCAGCGCUGACGGGGGACGAGUAUGACUACAACAACGAGCUGGGUGGCUAACGGGGCAAGCCUUGAGGACUGCCACUCCAACAUCUUCUCCCUGGCGGAGCUGACGGGAAUUAAAUGGCGUUGCUACAGCUUCCGAGGCAGCGGCGAGUACGGCCCGGUGAUCUCGGCGCCGGCCCAGGACGACCCGGUGCUGCGCAGCUUCAUGCGCUGUGUUCAGGCCAACCUGCUGUGCGUGUGGCGACGCAAGAUCAAGCCCGAUGCCAAGGAGCUCUGGAUCUUCUGGUGGGGAGAAGAGCCCAACCUCUCUGAUGUCAUUCAUCGAGAGCUAGAAGUGGCGGAGGAAGGGCUGUGGGAGUGCGGGCUGUCCUACGAAUGUCGGACUCUGCUGUUCAAGGCCGUGCACAACUUGCUGGAGAGAUGUUUGAUGGACAAAGGCUUCGUGAGGAUCGGAAAAUGGUUCUUCAAACCUCAUGAACUGGAGGAGAAGCUCUCUGGCAACAGCGAGCACCUCUCCUGCUCCUUCUCCUUCUUCCUCCACGGGGAGAGCAACGUCUGCACCAGCGUGGAGAUCGCUCAGCAUCAGCCUGCGUACCACAUCACAGACCAGCACGUGCGACUCGCCCAGACCUCCACCACACCUGUGCAAGUGAUCCUAAGUCCGUACGGGCUGAGUGGCACCCUGACUGGACAGGCCUUCAAGAUGAGCGACCCGGCGUCCCGCAAGCUGAUGGAGGAGUGGAGCUACUUCUAUCCGAUGGUUCUACAGCACAGAGACCGGGGGGGCGAGAAGGCAAACCAGUCAUGUGAUCCCAGUGGUCAUGUAGCAGUGGAGGUGGUUGUAGGCGGAGUCAGGAUGACCUACCCAGCUGCCCUGGUGCUGAUCGCUCAGGGGGAUCUGCCGCUGGAGCAGCCCCCGCCUCCUCCUGUGGCACACGGGCUCAGAGAGCAGAACCACUGCAGCGUGCCGCUCACUCCGCCCACGUCGCCGGAACAGCCCUGCUCAGCGGACAGCGGCUUUGUGACCUCUAUCUCUAGCGUCGCGACUCCAGACACCAAUGUCGGAGUCACGACGGCGAGCCCAAAGCAUCGUGGGAAGAAGCUGACGUCCCAGGUGGUCCACCAGGCCUGGAAGGAGUGCUACCUGAACCAGCCCCAGCACGUGCUGAAGCCGCCGGGCGAGGUCCCGCUGAAGAGAGACAGCGUGGCCACCAUGUGGGACUUCAACGAUCUGGGAUCCAGAGCUGCCUGCAGCUGCUCUAGGGUGAAGCAGCAGAGAGCAAGUGUGAGUUACUCUUCCUCCAACAACUGCCAGUCCAGCGGCAGCAGCAGCAGCCAGACCCCCGGCCCCUCACUGUACCCUCCCUCUCAGUCCAAACACAAGAGCAGCGACAAGACCGAGAAGGGAGAUAAGCAGUCCAAGAGACUCACGACAAUCCCCUUCCACCACAGACUGUCUGUUUCCCAAGAAACCCCUCUAGAGCAGGACCCCACGGCAGGACCUCAGCUCAGCAGUUUAGUCUUACCUGAGGUGCCACUGGAGCCUCUUUCCUCUAUAGCAAACUGCAAGUACCCCAAAACACUCGCUGAAGAAAGGAAAGUGCCUGAAGCUCUUCUCCUGUCGCCAAUGUCUCCUCUCCCACCCACUCUGAGCCCACACCCCCGGGUGCAGGACCCUGAGGUUCUGAACGGGCACGUGGACAUGCAGGUGUGUCAGGAAGGAGCAUUGGGUUUGGGGAUGGUGACCAGUGAGACGGCCAUGUACACGGCACUGCUGAGACAGAGGGACACGGGGGCUGGCUGGUGGAGGGGCUUCAGGACCCCCAGGACUGACAAGACUGACGUCAGACCCCCCGAGCUUCCCGUCGAUAAGUUAGAGGAGAUGAAAACAGAAGCAAGACCUGAGGAGGCGGGGCUGAAGAGACUUUACACACAGAAGCAUAAAAGAUUCAAACUGUCAGAUGAGAGGGUGCGGGACCAUGUCAGCACUCUAGGCGUGGAGAUGCUGCGGGAUCCUGGAGAAGAUCCAUAUGACUUCAAGGAGGGAGACAUCGAGUACACCUUCUCCUCCCCCCGGAGGCUAAAGAGUCAAGGACGGGAGUCCAGCAAGGCCACUAAGGGGGAAGAAAUCACCAGCAACGGCACGCUGCCUGACGGAAAAGACGCCAUGUCCAUAUUCAACUCAGCGCCAGAAUCAGACGAAUCGGCUCAAGACGAGGACAGCUCCAAAGCCAACCCUUCUCUGACCCGAGAAAAAGACCUGGUGGUCAACAUCUCUGAUCUGGACAACAUUUUUGACGAAGAUGAGGAAGAGCUUGGACAUUCAACUAAGCUGCCAGUUUCGACAGAAGAUCGCCCCCUCGGAAAAGAGGGCAGAGUUGCAGUUUCGUAUCCGUCAACGAUCGCCGACCUCCAGCGGAUGUUCCCGACGCCUCCAUCGUUGGAGCAGCAUCCAGCCUUCUCUCCAAACACAACAUAUCGCGACACUCCCAGUCAGGAGACCUCCACUGCCACCGGGUCAGCUGACCAUAUCGCAAGUUCGAGCUCCAACCAGCUGCCUGACUACAGGAUGGAGACUGAAGACGACGGGGGCAGUCUGGGGCAGGAGGACUUCCAGACAUCGCUGGGCUCCUCCAUGUUUGCUCCUCUCUCCUGCCUGCCGAGUCAGACGCUAGCGUCUCUGAAGAUCCCCGAGCAGUGCCAUUACCGCCCGUCCUGGUCCCUCAUGCCCAAAAUGGAGCACUUCCCUGUCAUCAUGAACCCCCAGAGCAGCAGUUUCAACAAGGAUGGAUACACAAACGUCCCCAGUGUUCCUGACCAGGACUACAGCCAGAUGAGCGUGACCACUGCCUCGGUCGGCACCACAGCGGGGAUCCUGCCCUCUCCUGCCACACCUCGCUUCUCCGUGCCCACACCACGCACGCCUCGCACUCCCAGAGGCUUGAACACAACCAGCUCGGGUCAAGGGUCGGUGAAGCAGGACGGCACAGAACUCAGCUCGCCCGUCUCCACUCCGUCCACCAGCCUGCACCUCAGCUCAGUGGAGCCUCUUGCCCGGCCAGGACCGUCGUUGCCUGAGGCCCACAGCCUGUAUACAGUCCUCCUACUGUCCGACUCGGUUCUCAACGUGUUCAAGGACCGGAACUUUGACAGCUGCUGUAUCUGUGCCUGCAACAUGAAUGUGAAAGGAGCUGACGUGGGGGUCUACAUCCCUGACUCCACCUGCGAGGACCAGUACCGUUGCAUGUGCGGCUUCAGCGCCAUCGUCAACCGCCGUUUGGCCCAUGGUACCGGCCUCUUCCUGGAGGACGAACUGGAUAUUUACGGUCGAUCCUCUGAAGUGGGACGUGCGGCUGAGAGGAGACUGGCUCUGUGUCGCCGGGACCCAGCUAUGGGGGAUCUGAAGGCAAAAAGACCUCUAGACAGUGCGCCUGCCUGCCCAUCAGUCAUGGUCCUCCUCCAGGAGCAGUGCUCGCAGCCGAUUUGCUCCCUCACGUCCCUGCACCUCCCACCCAGCUGUUCCAGUCACGGCCGCAAGGGGGCGCUGCUCCAGAGCUGGAUGUCUGAGAAGCAGUGGGCGGAUGGGAGUGACGCCUGUGUGGAGUGUUACAAUGCUCUGGAGCAGGGGCUGCAGUAUGUGGACAAUCCCACUGGGGGGAAAGUGGACCCUGCAGUGGUCAGGAGCACAGCGCUGCACUGUUGGCCUCAGAGUAACGUGGUGGAGAUGAGCAUGUUGUCCUCACAGGACAUGGUCCGCAUGCUUCUGUCUCUGCAGCCGUUCCUGCAGGACGCCAUACAGAAGAAGAGAACUGGCCGGACCUGGGAGAACAUCCAGCACGUGCAGGGUCCCCUCACCUGGCAACAGUUCCACAAGAUGGCGGGCAGAGGCUCCUACGGUUCUGAGGAGUCACCAGAGCCGCUUCCCAUCCCGACCGUGCUGCUCGGCUACGACCGGGAGCGUGACUUCCUGGCUCUGUCUCCGCUGGCGCUGCCAUUCUGGGAGAAGCUGUUGCUGGAACCCUACGGAGGGCAGCGAGACGUAGCCUAUGUGGUUCUCUGUCCCAACAGUCCGUCUUUGCUGGCGGCCGCCUGCUCCUUCUUCCAGGAGCUCAGCGCCGUGUACGAGACGUGUCGCCUGGGGAAGCACCGUCCCCUGGCCAGGGUGACCAGAGACGGGAUCGUCCGAGUCGGGGAGGAGGUGGAGCCUGAGCGGCUGGAGGAACUGGACGUAGACCAGUGGUUGACUGGUCCUUGGCUGGGACAGCAACACAUCGACAACAUCAGCAAACUCAAACUCUACGCUUACGCCUGCAAACAGCAGCUCGCUCCUCAGCUCUCAGGUUUGAUUCUGGACAGCAGUCUCCUGCUGCCUCCUAGAGUCCAGUCGUCCAGCUCCACGCCGGCGUCCUCUGCUCAGGCUCAGACAUGGACUGCUGACGCAGACCCAGCUUCUACAAACGCUCCCACGCCCACUGGAGUCUCCUCGAGCCAGACUGUGGACAGUAACCACAGUGAACACACCGUAGCAUCCGGUUCCUCCAUCGCAUCAGCAGAGAACCCAGAACUGUCCAAUGAACACUCCAGAAUUGGGGUUCCCACUUGUGCCGACUCGCUGGAGAGCCACACCAACCCACCCGCUAUUGUUGUUUACAUCGUCGACGCUUUCCUGGGCCCUAACAUCACCAGAAGUGAAGGAGGAGAAGAAGGGGACGGCGAUGAGGUGGAGGGAGGAAGCAUCUGGCUCCUUGGGCUCCUCCGCUGCUACACCGAGAUGCUGCAGACGUUGCCCGAGAAGAUCCGACCCGCUCUGGUGCUUCAGGUGGUUCCCUGUCAGUUCCUGCUGCAGCCCGUCAGCGGGGAAAGUCACCAGUACUUGCAGCACCUUCGCUCGCUCGCCUUCUCCUGCUACUCUCAGUGUCGACGCCUGCUUCCUCAGCAAACUCACAUCAAGUCGCUGACUGGCUUUGGACCCGUGUCGACCGCCCAAACAGUCUUCAAGAGCUCCGAGCAGCUCAGGCCAAUACAGCUCUACUCCCCUCCGUUCAUCCUGGGGCCGACCCGCUCCAAGCAGCCAGAACCUGGAGAAAUCUGGGCCGAGAUUCCUCCCAAAUACAACGUGCUCUACGUGGGAUACUGUCUGUCACAUGACCAGCGUUGGAUACUAGUUUCAUGUACCGACCAGCAGGGGGAGCUACUGGAGACCUGCAUCAUCAACAUCGACAUCCCCAACAGAGCUCGGCGGCCAAAGGUUUCGGCUCGGAAAAUGGGUCUGCAGAAGCUGUGGGAGUGGUGCAUCUGUCUCAUCCAGAUGACGUCACUGCCCUGGAGGAUUGUGAUCGGCCGCUUAGGAAGACUAGGCCACGGAGAGCUGAAAGACUGGAGCUCUCUUCUUGGUGAACAUUCCCUCCAGUCCAUCGGCCGCCAGCUGAGAGACGCCUGUCGGAUGUGUGGGAUCUCAGCGGCCGACUCGCCCUCCAUCCUCAGUGCCUGUUUGGUGGCCCUGGAGCCCCAGGGGUCGCUGGUCAUCAUGCCUGAUGCAGUGACCAUGGGUUCGGUGUUCGGCCGCAGCACGGCUCUGAACCUGCAGACGUCGCAGCUCAACACUCCUCAGGACGCUUCCUGCACUCACAUACUGGUCUUCCCCACGUCGGCCACCACUCAGCUGGCACCCAGUUCCUACCCCACCGAGGACAACAACGACGACAUGUUUGAUCUUCCGUUCCCUGACGAGUUGGAGAAUGACAUCGGUCACGACAUGAUGCUGAUCACAGGGAACCUCCAUUCCUCCCCGACCACCUCACCGGUGCCCUCACCUGGAUCUCCAUCCGGGAUGGGGAUGGGGUCACACUUCCAGCACACUCGGAGCCAGGGGGAGCGCCUGCUGUCCCGAGACAAUCCUCCAGAGGAAGUCAAGCAGCAGCCUCUGGCCCUCGGCUACUACGUGUCCACUGCGUCAGCAAGAGGUCUCCCUCACUGGUUCUGGGCCUCGUGUCCUCAGGCAGAGAGUCAGUGUCCGCUUUUCCUCAAGGCAUCGCUCCACCACCAUAUCUCCAUUGUCCAGUCUGAUGAGCUGGCCUCCGACAAGAGUAAGCGGAGCCCCCACCCCCUCGACUCCAAGACCACUUCUGAUGUGCUCAGGUUCGUUCUGGAGCAGUACAACGCCCUCUCCUGGCUGACCUGUACACCUGCAACCCAGGACCGCCAGUCCUGCCUGCCUGUCCACCUGGCGGUUCUGAUCCAGAUGUACAACGCCAUCCUGAACAUGCUUUAGUGACAUUGACUCGAGAGGUGUUUUUGUCUUUACCUCUGUGCCUACAGCGCCCCAUUUGGAUCAGAACCAGCCGAAUGAGCGGGGGGAACUGGGUCGGACUCUAAACUUGCCUGGAGCGCAGCGCCGUCGUGGUCUCUGCUUGCGGCGGCACAACCAGCAAAGUGGCAAACACGUCUGUUUUAAAGCUUAUUUUGUACGCCGGCCGAGGAAUCUUUCUGAAACUGCACUUUUGCUGUGUAAAUACGACGGCGUCUCAAAUGUAAAACUUUUUCACAGAAUGGAGACUUAUUUUUUAAUAUUUAAAGCCAGAAAAAGUUCUCCUAGUGAUUGAUGCUGAAUUAUCUGCCGAAAUAAAAACUGUAUUUAUACAAAUUAUAUCAUGAGAGAAUUUGAUAUAGAUAUAUAUAUAUAUAUAUAUAUAAAUGGAGCAUACGUGACCUCUGCAGCACUUACUAUGAUGAUAAAGUGGUGUGACUAUUCACUCAUCUCACUUCCGCCUUGUUUAUUUAACACAUUUAAAUGAAAGAAGCGAGUGCAUAUUUAUAAAGAGCUGAAUUAGAGCUGCACAAUGACAGUGACUUUUCCUGUAAGUAACAUGAAAAACCCACUUUAAAGUCCGCUCACCGGCACUCGGGCAAUUAUAUGCCACUUCAUCUGCAUAGCUGAACAAUAACAAGGUGCACUCCAGUUAAACUCUCAGCAGUUGAGAGUGAUAUAUCAGCAUGUUAGCCUGAUGUUGUGCAGCUCUAAUUGUUCAUAUUUUAUUUGAAUUCGAUGUCAAAGCUUCACACUGUCUGUCGCAUGUUUGUAAAUACACCUAUGUUCUUUUCUACGGCUGUAUAUGGGGCGCUUUAUUUUUGAGCGUGUCAUAUCCAAACUCUCUUCUACUGGCGUUUCCAUGAAUGAUAAAUGAGCGUACAACUUGUGUACUCCCAGAGGAAAAACGUGGCAGGAAUUUGUUACACGCUCAUGACUUUGAAUAUCAACAGACGCGCUCUCAGCAGGAGACGUCUGUGACUUUUACACUAUUUUUAAAGUAAAUUAUUAAAA